GAUUUUAUCACUGUAGGGGUGUGUGUGUGUGUUGGUGUACGAUUGGACCUUCUCAUCUCAAUCUCAAUCUCAAUCUCAAUUUCAAAUCUUUUCAUCAAUAAAUGCCGAGCUCACAUCUGUCUUCCCUUCCACCGACGCUAAUCUCUCUUGGUUCUUCUUUCUGAAAGAGAAAGAGAAAGAGAGUCGUCGUCGUCGUCGUUGGCCGGUGACGUGAUCUAAAGCUCCGAUCGCCGGAUACCCACCAUGUCUUCCGGCAGAUAUAUGGCUUACUCACCUUCCCCAUCAGCCCCUCACUCUCCUCAUAUCGCCGGUCUUCGUUCCGCUGCCACCGCCAUCGUUGAGCAAGAAAAGUAUCUGUCUGAAUUACUAGCGGAACGGAAUAAAUUGAGUCCAUUUGUGCCUGUUCUUCCACACUGUUAUCGGUUGCUGAAUCAGGAAAUACUGCGUGUAACCACACUGUUGGGGAAUGCAUCAGUUUUAGAUCAAAGUGGGCUUGAACACGCUAGCCCCCUGGCUUCAGGCGGGAUGUUUUCAAACGGAGGAGCUAACAUGAACAGAUGGACAACUUCACCAAUUCAAUCAGAAAUGUCAGCUUUAUUGCAGCCUUCAUCUGCACAGAGCUGGCUUGGUUCUCAGGGGAGUUCAUCUGGUCUUGUAGUGAAGAGAACGAUUAGGGUCGAUAUCCCUGUGGCUAGUUAUCCCAAUUUUAAUUUUGUUGGGCGGCUUCUUGGACCGAGAGGGAAUUCUCUUAAGCGAGUGGAAGCAAGUACCGACUGUCGUGUUCUGAUUAGAGGACGUGGAAGCAUCAAGGAUCCGGCAAAGGAAGAGAAGAUGCGAGGAAAACCGGGGUUUGAACACCUGAAUGAACCUCUACACAUACUCGUCGAAGCAGAAUUACCUGUUGAUAUAAUAGACGCCCGUUUGAUGCAAGCUCGCGAAAUUCUUGAAGAUUUGCUUAGACCCGUGGACGAGACUCAUGAUUUCUAUAAGAAGCAACAACUACGAGAGCUUGCAAUGCUGAACGGCACCCUUCGUGAAGAAGGCUCUCAGAUGUCGGGUUCGGUGUCGCCCUUCGACAAUAGCCUCGGAAUGAAGAGAGCAAAGACCAGAGGAUGAUGGAAAUGAAGCCCAUUUUUCGUUACUAGUGGGCUUUUCGAGCUUGCAUGUUUGGUAUAUGCGUUGUUGCCACACAAACGCUGCCUCCAACCGCCGUCGGGGCACCGGAUUGCAUCCCGUUCUAACGUGUUACUAUAUGAUAUGAGGUGUGUGUUUUGGGGGAAAAACAGUUGGUUAUUGGGAGUAAUAUUGUAAUAAAGAAGACCUUAUAGAUUGUGUGUUUUGAGAGCUUGUUAUGGGAGUUUUGGUACAAUUGAGUGAGAAUUCUAUAUAUAAAUUGGUUUGUAG